AUGAAAUGUGAGGAAAAAGAAGAGUCCUCAAAAGCCAAAAUGAAAUACAGUGACAUAAUAUCAACCCUUCCUAGAGAAAAUGGUUGGACAACCUCUAAUUCUCUCUACCAGUACCAAGGCUUUUGGUACCCUUCCUUGUUCCUAGAAUCAAUCAUUUCAACUCAAGAACACUUCAAGGCUCAACCCACAGAUUUGAUCGUGUGCAGUGCUCCAAAAUCAGGUACCACUUGGCUUAAGGCCUUGACUUUUGCCAUCACAACAAGAAAUCAAUUCAAUGAAUCAACAAAUCCUUUACUCACCACCAUACCCCAUGAAUGCAUUCCCUUAUUGGAGUAUGAUCUUGCCAAAAACCCGACUUACCGGCCUCCAAAGCUUCCCCUUUUGGCCACCCACCUUCCCUAUACUUCCUUGCCACGAUCUAUACUAGCUUGUGGUUGUAAAAUUCUUUAUGUAUGCAGGGAUCCAAAGGAUACAUUUGUUUCUCUGUGGCACUUUGCAUGCAAGUUGGGCCCUAAAGAUGCACAAUACCUUCCCUUGGAAAAGGCAUUUGAGCAGUUUUGUAAAGGCAUAUCUGCUUAUGGACCAUAUUGGGACCAUGCCUUGGGAUAUUGGAAAGCAAGCUUGGAAUGUCCUGAGAGGGUAAUGUUUUUGAAAUAUGAAGAUAUGAAGAGAGAUACAGUGUUUCAUGUAAAGAGAUUGGCCGAGUACGCAGGUCAACCAUUUUCCAUGGAGGAAGAGAUGGAAGGUGUGCCACAAAGAAUUACAGAGUUGUGUAGUUUUGAGCAUAUGAGCAAUUUGGAGGUGAAUAAAAGUGGGAAGCAUCGUCCGAAUUCGCCUAUGGCAAUCAAUAAUAGCAUGUACUUCAGAAAAGGGAUAGUUGGGGAUUGGAAGAAUCACCUAACAACAGAGAUGAUAGAGUUGUUGGAUCAGAUUACAGAACAGAAGUUAGGUGGUUCUGGUUUGACAUUUCAUGUGUCAUCAAGUCCAUAA